AUGCACAGAAUCAACUAUGCUGUACUCACCUUACUCUUUUUGCUGCACAUUAGUGCCAUUUUAGGCGUUAUUAACACCUCGAUGAAUAGUAAUAAAACAGUGCUUAAUGAUGUUGUGCUUCCUGGAGAGGAGCAAUGCUUUGUGAGGCACCAUUCGGAUCCAAUACGGUUUUUGUGGAGUAUUAACAAUAACGAUUAUAGUGAUGAGGCAGAAAAUUCUUCCUUCCGAAAUAUUACACUCAAUAUAAAAGCCUCAAAAAUGAGCGCGACUUUUUGCAUUGGUCUCCAGCUAUUCUCUGAGGGAGAUAAGUUUUUCAUGUCGCCCAUAACUGAAAAUUAUUAUAUGAAAGAACCAUUAAGCAAUGAUUUUACAAUGAUUGAGGAUGUCAGUUAUUCUGAUUCAACUCCCCAAGUGAAAACUGUAACCUCCAACAAGAGAGGUCUCAUGAAGAGAACAGCAACAUUUCACAAUAAUAAUUCAUCACCAACCACAACUACACCAAAUACUCUCGAUUCAUCAACCACUCCAACAACUCCUUCCAAUGAUAGUCAAUCAGGAAGGGAAUCCAGUGGUUCUAAAAUUGUGAAGAGAGUUGUAAAGAGACAAAUUACAAAUAAUUCAACAACCACAAAUAAUAAUCCAUCCAAUUCCACUUCAUUAUUAUCAUCAUCACUCCAACAAGGAUCAUCCAGUACCAUCCCAAUAGGUGGUAGUGUAAACUCCAAUCAUCAUCAUGAUAAUAGUACUUCCUCUUCACCUCCUUCUGCCAUCUCAAGAUCAUGGCAUCACUCGAGGAAGACUAAACUUUCAUCAUCAUCCAAUAUUGUUGGUAGUGUUGGUAAUAAUGGUGAAUUUUCUCCUUCCUCUCCCACCAUUUCAUCCUCCUUCAAUAAUAAUUCCUUCUCUCCCAAUUAUAAUAACAAUAAUUCACCAUCGUCAUCACUUCCUCACUCUAAUUCCUUCCAAUCCAAACUCUCCUUUAAAAAAUCGAAUACAAUUAAAAAUAAGGCUUCUCCAACAAAUGGUGUAGAUCAACAACAAUCAUCAUCAACCUCGAUAGGUGGUGGGAAUGGAAGGAUUACUUCACCUGGUUUUUAUAGAGAAGGUGAUUUGGAUGAGGGAGAUGUAUUGUUUGCUAGAAAGACUGAAGGAUCUGAACGUUCUUCCAAUGCUCAAAGUUCUGAUACCAAUGAUGAGGGUACAACAGAUGACGAUGAAGAAAAUGGAGGAAGAAGAGCACAGGACCAAAGUGAGGGAAGUUGGGACCGAUCAGCUCCUUUUAGAGUGCACCAAGAUUCUUCUUCGACAAGAAAAAAGACAAAUUAUCAACCUCCUGCUCUUUUAAAUAGGAAAAUUAUUCCUCCAUCCGAACUGUAUGGUGCAAGUCUUGCUGCUUCUAUAAUGGAUAAUUCUUCUCUGAUGAAUGCAUCUGUUGGAUCAAUGGAAGGUAAAAUGGUGGAAGAAGCUGUUGAGAGUGAUCCCGAAUCAUUCUCUUCUGGUGAGGAGUCAUCAUAUUCACAUAAUAAUUUUACAGAAGAGUUGAGUAAUUCUCAAUUGCAACAGUUGAGUAUGAAACAUUCUCCUUCUUCACCAAUAUUAGCUUCUUCACCUCGUACUCUUGAUAUUCCUUUAAAUUCUCCUCUUUCUUCUAGUCCAAUGCAAAAAAUUGCAAUGACACACAGCAAAAGCUCAUCGGAUAUUAAUACUGCACGUUCAAACCAACAUACUAAAGGAAUGUAUUAUAGAAUGAUGACUGGUGGAAAUCACACUCAAAGGAAGAAACAAUACAGAAAAUUAGUAACCAAAAAGAACAUUUUUGGGUUGCCUGUCACUUUUUCAAAGCCAGCACCUGUCACAACAACAGAUUAUCAAGAUGAGGAAUAUGUGAAGGAAAUGACAACUACAAAGGAUAAGAACAAGAAACCUGUUGUUAAUUCUCAACUUAAAAAAAUUGAUGAUUCACAAGAUAAGUUAGAAGAUGUCCAGGAUAAACUUGCACUUUUCCACAAGAUUCAAUAUGCUCCUGAAGAUAUGCCUCUUUCUCCUGGUAGAUCUUUCCUUGAUACUACUCCAAGAAAGAUUGAAAAACCAGAAAAAAAGGAUGAUAAGAAACAAAAACAAGAAGUACAAACACCAACAACUCCAAAGCCAACAAACGCACCAACAGUCAAGAAACAUUUUUACAAAGUUAAUACUGGAACAUGUACAUCAAUUCCAUCUACUGUUCCUCUUAAUACUGAUAAUAUUGAUAAGAAACAAUUUGAACUUGUUUACUGGUCCACAUACAAGGACUUGGCAGAGGAUGAAUAUCUUAUUGAAAAAUUCUUUGUUUCUAAUUUUAGUGCUAUGGAUUUAUUAUAUAAAUUAUUUUAUAAUAAUCCAGAUGAUACAAACAGAAAGAGAAAAUUCAAAGAAUUAUACAAUGGUCAUCUCAUCACAGAACAAAUGGAACAAUUAAGAGAUAUUUUCAAACAAGUUUCUAAAAUCAGAAUGUGUACACUUGUGAAGAAGAGGGAUGAAAGACUUGAGAAUAACCAAAAACUUCAUGAGGAAAAAAUUAUGCAAGACUAUGAUUCAUCUUCCUCAGAUGAUGACGUAGACUUGGUUAUUAACGAAAAAGGAGAAAUUGAUAAUGUAUUCAGUAUGAAGAAUUUGAUGAAUAACUUUGACCAAAAUAUUUUGGCAGAAAUCAACAAAACUUCUAAAACAUCUAGAAACCAAAGAAAUAUUACUAUCAAUUCUGAAACAUUAACUUCCGAAAUUUCUAAAUCAUCCCAUCUCACUCUAAAAGAUUUAGAAAACGAAGAAAGAUUUAACAUUUCUGCUAAAAUUACUGGUGAUACCAAAAUUGAAUUUUAUACAAUUAGAAAUUGGUUGACUAAGAUUUUAGCCUGUUCUAUAACAAGAAAAAAGAGAGAAAUGUCCACAAUUUUACCUAUUCAACCAAGAGAAGAACGAGAGGAAAGAAUAGAAAGUUUCUCUGCCUCUCCAGUUACUGCUACCUUGCUGAAUAUUGCAUCUGAAAGAAAUGAAUGGGCCAAUGAAGAAACAUACACCUACACCAACACCAAUACCAAUACUAACACUAAUACUGACUCUGACUAUUCUGAUCCUAAUCACUUGCAAAGAUGGAAGAGAAAGUCAGUUCUUAGAAAGGGUCCGUUGGAGAAUAAUACACCAAAACUUGAGAUGCAACCUACAGAAUUGUUGGACUACAUGAUGGCUCUAUCAUGCAGUGCUUCAACUUUAUUUGACACAUUAGACGAAUGGGAGGUAAGAAUUCACGCCUUGUUUGCUUUUUUGGAAACUCUGACUUUGCAAACACCUCACCAAAUUAAUUGUAUUCUAGUAUUCUUAGGAGAUUUAAUCCUCUACAAUCAAAGCCUAAUGAGCUCAGAAUUUAUUCAUGAGUGUUUGAUACCUUAUUUAGGCACUAUCUUGAAAAAACCAGAAAGUAUACCUUUUGUAGAUCUAUUUUUGAAGAGAAUUACAGAAAGAUCACAACUUUUGUACAUUAGAGACCAAGCACAAAGAACUAUCAAUUUAACUUUUGAUAACUUUUCUUCCAGUGCUAACGAACCAAACUUUUUAGUUAUUUCAAGCUUCCAACUUUCUAUUCAAUUAACAUUGAUCGAGUUUGAUUUAUUCAGUAUGAUGGAACCUUAUGAAUUUUACUCCAGUUAUUGGCUAUCAAAGAAUCGUUUCAAGGUAAAAACACGAGAUCCUUCAGCAAACCUUUCUCUCUUUAUCAACUUUUACAAUACUGUAUCAUUGUGGGUUACUGAAACUAUCUUGUCCUAUUCUGAUAUCAAAGAUAGACACAAAGCCCUUUGUAGAUUUAUUUCAUUGGCUUGGGGAUGUUACUCUGUAAGAAACUAUAAUGGAUGUUUUGAAAUUAUCAGUGGUUUAUAUUCCAAUGAAGUUUAUAGACUUAGCAAGACAUGGUCCAUGUUGAGUGAAGAAUAUUUGAAACGAGCUCAAACCCUUAUUGAUCUGACAAGUGUUGCCAACAAUUACAGAAACUACAGAGAAGAAUUAAAGACAGCAAAGAAACCAUGCAUUCCAAAUAUUGCUGUUCACUUGAAAGAUUUAGCAGCAGUUGAUGAUUCUCAGGAAGAUGAAAGAAAAUUAACAGAAGAAGAAAUGAGACUUUUGGCAGAAAAUGAUGAAUUUUGCCAACAAGUAUUCAUCGGAAGAACUCUUGAUGAAGAUAUUGAAUACAACUUUAGCAAGAGAAGACUCCAAUCAACUUUAAUCUGUCAAUUAUUAAGAUAUCAAAAGACUUCCUAUCCAUUCAAAGCCAACGAUACUCUCAAACAUUUCAUAUGGCGUAAUUUACUUCGCAUCAAUGAAGACAUCAGAAGACAAAUGGAAGAUAAAAAGAUUACCAUUGAAAAGUACAUCCAAGAGAGAAAGAGACAAUUCCUAGUCAAAUCCAAACAACUCGAACCAAAAUCUACAAGAUGAAGCCAUCAUGACUAGCCGUUACAUUUAAAAUUUAAAAAAAAAGAACAACAAUUUUUACCCUUUUGUACAAUAAACACCUGUUCCAUUA